UAUUUUAUAUGUUUGGAAAGGGUUAACUAUAUGGUGAUAAUAAAUUGGAAAAUCUGAUAAUAUUAUGCUUAUCGCGGUCUAUUUGAUAUCAUUGGAACUAUUCUUCGCAUUCUCUUUGCGGUUUUCCAGGUCAAUUGAACGAGAUACUCUAAAGUUACCGGAACUUUCAUAGGUCAUGCAGGGUGACUUUGACACACACCUUCUACAGUACACCUUCUAACUUAACAUAAGGUCAAAUUCGAUAUCUGACCUUUUUUCCGCCAGCACGGACGUCUCCCGCAACAUUUGAGGAGGAGAACUUGCGUUCCGGAAAGAUUUUUCGAAAUUCCUCAUUUUUCAUUCAAUAUCCAAAACGAAACAGGAUGAUUUGCUUUAAAAUUGACUGGUGUCAAUUUCUUCUAAUUCUGGUUCUUCUCAUAUCAUCUUUGGAAUCAUUUCCAGUAUCUUCAGAAGCAUUGAUGACUGUUGAAGAUGGCUUAGAAAUUGAGAAACCAUCACAUGCUCGUCACCAUCAUCAUAAGCAUCACAUCCGUCACAAGCAUCGUCGAAGAAGCUUAACAUCUGAAGAAGAUCGCACAAAAACGCAACGAAAUAAGCAAGUAAUGCUGACAAAACCCUAUUGGCCUUGGCCCUGAAAAUCGUUCAUUUCUCCACUUUUUCUUUAAAGUUUGAGUUAGCAGCUCUCCAGUUAGGUUAUUUUUAUAUGUAUAUAUAUAUAUUUAUCCCUUAUCUCAUUCUCGAAAUGACAGAUAGUUAUUUAUUAACAAUCUGGCUAUUUGCUACUUCCCUUAUUUAUUCAUUAUUUUAAAAACAAACAAAACUUGCCUGUUUCUCUCAUUUCCAUCUGACAAAAAUGUGAUUUUCACCCGGGUCGAACAAAAGUCUCAAAAAUGCUUUCACCUUCAUCAUCAUCAUGAUUUUUGAGACAAUACCAUUUUCAACUAUGACCCAACAAUUUUCAACCAGUAUCUCAAUCAAUUCACCCUUAUUCAAAUGUUCAUUCAUAUUUCUCAUUCAAUUCGUAAUAUUUACGUAUAUUCAUAUUUUUUCUUAUCUAUGUGUUUUGUUCAACUAUUUUCUAUUCAUCGAUCUCUCAAUUUCAACUGUGAUUGUUUCUUUUUCACGGUUUAUCAAAUUUCAAACAAAUCUGCGACAACUCUCCAAUUACUGCCGAAAUGAACGAUUUUUCAC